AUGAAGCGAACAAACCCCAUCCCCAAGGCCUCAAAGCUCAUAAUCCUAACAGCCCCCACGGACCCCAACGAGGCAAACCACUGGGUCCUAGCCUACGGCCCAACAUACACAGACCGAACCUUAACCGUAGAACUCUGGACAUUCGUGCACAUCCACAGCGCAGACCCAACCCGCCCCAACGACUCCGGGUUCACCUGCAACUACGAAACACGCGAGAUGGAAGCCGGGUUCCUGACGCGGCCCUGGACCGACAAAGAGGAGAUCGAGAUCCCCGAGGGCAAAGCCGUGACGCACCUGGCGUUCAAGAAAGUCGCGGCGGCGUGUGUUCUGCGGUUCGAGCGGAGCUGGCUUUCGAUCCUGUUGGAGUCGGCCGUGAAGUGGGGGUGGAUCAGCGGCGAGGAGAAGAGGGAGCUUGAGGAUGAGAUUGUGGUUGAGACGAGGCUUGACGGGGAGGAUGUGCACUUUGAGCCGGAGCCCGUUCGGACGAAGAGGGCGAGGGGGGCGGCUGUCGGGACCCUUAGGAUCGGGAAGAGGGAGAGGGCUGUCGAGGGUAGUGAGGAUGAGGGUGAGGAUGUCGUGGAGGCUGGGCCUUCUGUGCAGGAGGAGGUGGAGCAGCCUGCUGCGCAGGAGGAGCAGCCGCCCCGGGCGAAGGGGACCGGGAAGAGAAAGAGGAGCGCGGAUGGUACUGGGGAUGAUGAUGCCGUGGAAGCUGGUCCUUCGCAGCGGCCGACGGCGAAGGGGGCCUCCAGACCUGUGAGGCGGCGGAGAGUGGAUGGUGAGGGGAACGCCGUCGCGGCUGAAGCUGGAGCUGUUGCGAACGACGAGCCUGAGGCGGAUUCGCGGCCGAGGCGGAAGAUGCCUAAGACGGGGACGUGGAGGAGGAAGUGA